GAAAUUUGUCGCCAUCCAGCACCAAUGUGCGCGUUCGAUAAGGAGGGGGCGGGAAGGUUAGUUUGAAGAGGGCAGGCUCUCCAGCGUUUGCCAGCGCACUCCCACUUCCCUUCAUUUCAGCGUCUGAGGCAAAUACUUCAAAAUUCACUCAGUGGACCUAAAAGAUUAUCCUGGAGAACAAGUGUACACACAGAGUGGAAGAGCAACAGCCAGAGCUCUGAAAGUGUCUGAAGUCCAUCGGAUAAAAGAAAAGGAUUUCUCUCCGGCUUUCCGGGCUCAGAGCGAUAUGGCUGGCGCUCUCUGCAAGCUCGCAGCGCGCGUCCCCUCCGUGUGGAUCUUUCUUAUGCUUUUCGACCCCAGCUCGCAAUCCGGGGCUGUUACUGGGCAUAGAGAGCCCAUUCCUGAUGACAGCAAGGACAACAUCACCAUCUUUACUCGGAUCUUGGAUCGCUUACUGGAUGGUUACGACAACAGAUUGCGUCCCGGACUCGGAGAGAGCGUGACUGAAGUGAGAACAAACAUCUACGUGACCAGCUUCGGACCGGUAUCUGACACCGAUAUGGAGUACACGAUUGAUGUGUUCUUCAGGCAGAGCUGGCGGGAUGAGAGGCUGAAGUUCGAUGGGCCUAUGCAGGUCCUUCCGCUUAACAACCUGCUCGCCAGCAAGAUUUGGACACCGGACACUUUUUUCCACAAUGGGAAGAAGUCGGUCGCCCACAAUAUGACCACACCCAAUAAACUUCUGCGACUGGUGGACAAUGGAACGUUGCUCUACACAAUGAGAUUAACCAUCCAUGCUGAGUGUCCCAUGCAUCUGGAGGAUUUUCCUAUGGAUGCCCAUGCUUGCCCACUUAAGUUUGGCAGCUAUGCCUACACCAACAAUGAGGUUGUCUACAUUUGGACAGCAGAUGAUGAGAAAUCUGUUUCUGUGGCUCCUGAUGGUUCUAGACUCAACCAGUAUGACCUGUUGGGCCAUGUCAUUGGCAAAGAGACCAUCAGCUCCAGUACAGGAGAAUACGUGGUGAUGACAACGUAUUUCCAUUUGAAAAGGAAAAUUGGCUAUUUUGUGAUCCAGACGUAUCUCCCCUGCAUAAUGACCGUCAUCCUAUCACAGGUGUCCUUCUGGCUGAAUCGCGAGUCCGUGCCGGCACGCACCGUCUUCGGUGUCACAACUGUCCUGACUAUGACAACAUUGAGUAUAAGCGCUCGAAACUCACUUCCAAAGGUGGCAUAUGCUACAGCCAUGGACUGGUUUAUGGCCGUGUGCUAUGCCUUUGUCUUCUCUGCCCUCAUUGAGUUUGCCACAGUCAACUACUUCACCAAGCGCAGCUGGGCCUGGGAUGGGCAGAAAGAGUUUCAGGAACUAAAGAGACGAGAGUCGUCUUCCUUCUCAAAAAAUACCAACAACACUUUCAACAUCGUGGGAACCUACAGCAUGGGCGUAGCCAAAGAUCCAGGACUGACCACCGUCUCCAAGAGCGCCACAGCCACAGCGACGUCCACCCCGUCCCAGCCGGUCCGAGAGGUCCGGCUGCCCAAAAUGGAUGGUGAAUACGUGCCGGAGGGAGGGAGGAAGUCGUACAAUCGGGUCAGCAAAGUGGACAAGAUAUCUCGUAUCAUUUUUCCUGUCCUUUUCUUCAUCUUCAACUUGGGCUACUGGGCAACGUACGUCAACAGAAAGCCGGCCAUCAACCAGUCAAGCCCCCAGAAAUAGACACAGUCACCAAAACCGCAAAAAAACUGCCAGUCCGGCCUUGACCGGUGAUGUGAGGCUACUGCUUGCAUAACAUGCGUUCGUUUUUUUAUUCUUUUUUACGGUCUGUCGUUUUCGUGUGGGUGCCACACAGCUAUGUAGGUCCAGUCUUGGUUAGUAGUUGUUUUUGCAGAUUUUAAUGUGCCAUUUCCUGCAUGAGUUUAAGUAUGAAUUCUCAAGAUGCUGACCCUGGUUUUAUUACCAGUCCUGUGUGGAUGAUCAUUACUUACCGACUAAACCCCAUUAGUGUGAAUCAUCAGGAGGAAAAAUCCAAUCCUCAUUGGCUGUCGGUCGCCACGGCGAGUCCCUACAGCCUUUCAGCAGCCAGAAGCGAUGUCUGUAAGCGUGUUAUUAUUAACGAAAUCGCCUAGAAACGUGUUCUCAUCCCAACACCUCUUCUCUUUCUGUGUAUUUACCUGUCCAGUGACUCUUAUUGUUUGACCAGCCUGAGAAGGCUGCGAGAUAAAGAAACUGUGUGCCUUUUUUAAUCUCUCGCCCGCAGAGAUGAAUAGUUUGGCACAUGCUGACAUUGUCUUCGAGCAUACGCCUACCUAAUGAAAAACGAGUCAGCGUUGAAUGAACUCUCACAGGUCGGUAUUAAACUCGGAGUUCUGCCGCAUGCGAGUUGAUUUAAUGCUGACGGCUAACCGUGAGGCGCUGGGCCGGUCGCCGUUGUUUUGUUCAAGGCCGACGCGAGCAAAUGGGAUCUAAGAAAGUAUUCGGCAAUUUGUUCCACUGUAAGAAGUAAUAAAGCAUUUCGGUGAGGAAUAUCAAGGCUUGGGCCAGUGCCACACCAGCAGGUACAUGCAUCGAAUUUCAUUACCUCAUGCUGAAGUGUUGCUGGUUUCGAUCUUUUUACUGAUUUCAUGGUUUAUGUAUCGAACAAUCCAGUAUUCAUUUUUGGGAAUGCAAAUGCAAAUUUUUAUUAAAUAUAAUCUCAUUACUUUUGCAAUGAUAAGCCACCAUCGUUGGUUACCGCGUGAGAUAUGUCGUACGAUUCGUAGAUGUGUAGUAAAGAAUUGUUGUUUAUUUACUGUAGCUAGAACAUGCGCUCGAAAUGGAUGUGUGGAUGUGUACAAAAUCCAGUGGUCUUUUAUUUGUUUAUUAUAAAAAAAUAAUUUAUUUAUUAUAAAUAUAUGUAUAUAUUGUACGUUAUUUCUUUAUUUCACAUUGACUUUAUUAAGGACCUUGCGUUUGGACAAAAAUAUCCUUUGCAUUCACGUAGAAAGUGCCAGGUUUACAUGUGAACUUAAAAUGAAGACAUUUUGUAGAUAAACAAAAAAAAAGUUGCGUAAAGUAUGUACUUAUGUGACAGCAAGCUAUAUUAAGCAAAAAAUCAUUAACCUUAACAUUUCAUUCAUCUCACGAACCAUUAACGUAGCUGUUCAUCAGUAGCUUCAGACGCACUGCAUAGAAUCUUACUCAUCGAUAAUUUUAAUUUUAAUAAUACUUUUAUUAGUAUUUAUUCGCAAGGAGAGUAGUUAGGGCCAGUGUUUACUUUAAUAUCCAUAAGACAUGUGGAGGUUUUUCCAUAACACACACAAUACAUGGGAUGUAUAAAGAAUAAAUUAAUGCAUGACAAUCUCUUCAUUAGCUACAUCACCACCACACACUUAUCUUUCUUCAUUACAGUAGUCUUCAUGUUUUUGUAUCUUGUAGUGGCCCUUGAAAUAACUGUAUUUAUGGAGUGCAUAUCUGUACAUCUUUUAUGAGCUACGGUAGGGCUAGAUCAAAUGGUGGUUUAGUAUUGAUUGUUGACACAAUUAGUGCAAAUCGUAAAUAAAACCACAUCUAAGAAGUAUAUUUAUAUAGGAGUUUAAUCAUCUAUUUAUGCUAACUGCAUAUACGAUAGCAUACAUGAUCUAUGUUUUUUACGGUAUAAGAUAUAACCUUUAUAGCGUCAGUACAAAACAACAACAACAACAAUAUCGGGUAGAGCUAUGUAGUGGCAUGAUAGUUGACUCGAAUAUAAAAGUCACCGUUGUAAUAUUUUAGAUACCGUUAGCCCACUUGAAAUCGAACGCGUUGUCGUGUCGAAUACCGUCAUUGUUAAUUCUGUAAACUGAUUUCUUACAGAUCAGUGAAAUAUUAGAUGUGUAAAAUGUACAGUAUAUUUUAUAACGUUUAUUAGCAAUGUUUUAGCUAUUUACGUUCAUUGGAGUGAAGCUUAAUGGAUAACACAAAUGCUCAUUGGUAAUUUUAUCACUGCCGGAUGUUAAUUGAAAAAAUGCUGGAGAAAUACUGUUGCAAAAUUAUGCCACAACUCGCUUUAAAGCAACACUAAAGAGUUUUUUUUACCUUAAAAUAACGUUUCCAAAAAUGUUCCAGUUGUUCAUCCACUCGAAACAGGGUGAAUGGCACUUUCACAUUCGCUUUGCAGCCCUCUAUCGGCCAAAAUCGCACUAAAGAAGUUUUCGACCGUCGGGUCGCGGUCCUGUAGUUCGAGUGAAAACUACAAAAACUUGCUUUACGGCAGACCUACAAUCCAAUCAGAGCCAGCUUUGCUGCAGUAGGCUAAAUUAUUAAAGGAAUAGUCUACUCAUUUUCAAUAUUAAAAUAUGUUAUUACCUUAACUAAGAAUUGUUGAUACAUCCCUCUAUCAUCUGUGUGCGUGCACGUAAGCGCUGGAGCGCGCUGCGACGCUUCGAUAGCAUUUAGCUUAGCCCCAUUCAUUCAAUGGUACCAUUUAGAGAUAAAGUUAGAAGUGACCAAACACAUCAACGUUUUUCCUAUUUAAGACGAGUAGUUAUACGAGCAAGUGUGGUGGUACAAAAUAAAACGUAGCGCUUUUCUAAGCGGAUUUAAAAGAGGAACUAUAUUUUAUGGCGUAAUAGCACUUUUGGGAGUACUUCGACUCGGCGCAGUAACACCCUCCCUCUCCCAUUAUGAGAGUGAGAAGGGGAGCGGACUUUUCAGGCGAGUCGAAGUACUCCCAAAAGUGCUAUUACGCCAUAAAAUAUAGUUCCUCUUUUAAAUCCGCUUAGAAAAGCGCUACGUUUUAUUUUGUACCACCACACUUGCUCGUAUAACUACUCGUCUUAAAUAGGAAAAACGUUGAUGUGUUUGGUCACUUCUAACUGUAUCUCUAAAUGGUACAAUUGAAUGAAUGGGGCUAAGCUAAAUGCUAUCAAAGCGUCGCAGCGCGCUCCAGCGCUUACAUGCACGCACACAGAUGAUAGAGGGAUGUAUCAACAAUUCUUAGUUAAGGUAAUAACAUAUUUUAAUAUUGAAAAUGAGUAGACUAUUCCUUUAACGACAGUGGUAAUGGACAAUUCUGCUUCCAACCUGUAGGGGGAGCAAAGAGCAAAAACUCUUUAGUGUUGCUUUAAAACACGCUUACGUGUUUGAAGUCGCCUCUUACUGCCCCCUUGACCCGGACCUUUCUGGAUCAUUUUGAGAGAUCAGCCUUGAUUGCAACUGUACUCUGCCAGACGUGUGCACUUUUUUUAAAAGUUUACUGUGAAGAGGCAACCUGCCAGGCUUCCUGUACAUACUGUAUCAAAAAAGUCUAAUGAAUUUACUGCAUGUCCCAUAGCGUCAGAGAUGUCUGACUCAACCUUGCGGUUUCGUGGACAAGUGAUACCUGAUAGAUGUUUACUUUGGUUUCUUUUCACACUGUCUGGCUUCGCUAUGCCGUUUAUUCUUUGUGAGAAGGCUCGUACUUGACAAGCAGUAAUAAAUGACAGGGGAGAAACCCAGGGGAUUUUGUAUGUACACUUGUAUCGGGCUUCUAUUAAUGUAAAAGACAGUUAAAGAUGAACAUGGUUGGUUUGUUUUGACAACAUCGAUCUUGUGCCUCUCGGUGGUUCGUCAUGUCAUGUGAGUCGUAUUCUGGCGCAUGCUAGAUAUUUUUCGUUUCUUCGUGUUACACUGUGAUUUAAUACCAAAAGGCUGAUAGGACAAGUGACCUAGAACCUAGUGUCUAGGAAAAGACUGAAAUCAUCAUUUCUCGACUUGUCACUUUAGUCGUAUUGAACAGUGGAAAUUGCUUUGUCCUUGGUAUAAAUGCCGUUUUGAGAUGAGACGCAAGAUCGCUUGAGAUUUACUCUCGAGAAUGCGGUAUGCCAUGCCCAAACUGUCGGAGAAGAGCGAAUGCGUCUCGAGACAAAUGCCGCGCUGGAGUGAAAGUGAAUUGAUGAAGCCGCCUGCCUCAAAACAAACUGGUGUGUUUACCGCUUACUGCCGGUGCCAUACAUCAUGAUUAUUGCCAAAUUAUCAGCGGUGCCAAAUGACCUUUAAAGAUAAGUGAAGGGGGAGGGAUUUGCCCAUGGAUAUUGCAUGACAUUGUGUGGGUGCAUAUACUGUAUACACACACACACACACUUACACGUGUCGUUUACUUUCAGAUUGAGUUUCUUGCACAAAAAUGUCAAGAGGGCAUUUGUGAUGGGAUUUGAGAAACUCUAGUGACGGAUUGCAUUUGCAUAGCAAGUGAUUUGCCAGCACAUUGCGGGCGAACCGUAAUGAUUGAGACUUUUUCCCAAACAACUGAUACGUUUGACUGCAUUACCGAUUCAGCCCCUUUGCGGAGCAUCUAACUCUAAUCUCACAUCGGCAGCGCAGCUCAAUGCUACCGAGUCAAACACAGUUAAGUGAAUCGAUCCUUUUUUUAUUUAAUUAUCAUUUUAUUUCUCUGCUCAGCAGAAAGCGGAGAAGUUUGCUAAAUCUGUAUUGUACAUCUUUAAUAUGCAUUUUUGAAACUGACCCGAGUGUAACUUUUUAGUUGAUACUGCAGAAAUUCGGUUGCGUUUUGCUAGAUUGUGCUUUUGGUAAUGACAUCUAUGUUCUGUUAAUUAUUAAGAGACUCAGAGCUGCACUGCUUGCUGUAGCUCCUAAAGUUUUUUUGCAAGUAUAUUUCACAUGUUGUUGUGUUUCAAAAUGUGCUAGAGCUUAAUACAUAAUGCAUAACGUGGUAUAGGGUGCUAUAGCCGACAAUUUCAAGGUUAGCUACUGUCAUGGCUAAGCAACAAGGGUUAGCUAAAGUUUGUCAUAGGCACCAUUUACACUGCAAGUCUUGAUGCACAAUUCCAAUUUGUUGACUAUACAUGUGUUUUUUUUAUUUAAGGGACUCCUAUCUGAUAUCUACAAUUACACUAAACACUUGGCGAAACGAUUAAAGGUCGUUUCCAUUGCAUAGUACUCCACGGUUUGGUUUGGGUUGGGUCAGCUUACUUUUGGGGGCUUUUCCACUUGGUGCAGUACGUAGUACCUGAUACUUUUUUGUAUCACCUUGGUUGGGGUUCCAAGCGACCCGAGCUGAUCCCAAACGUGACGCAAAAACACUGUAGAUCACAGAUUCGAUCUGAGAGAAUCGUCACUACAGCGUCAUCGCUAUAAUGUAAAAAAUUAGCUUUACCUUCAUGCUAGCUGGCGCCGUCUCGAGAAAACAUGUUGUCAUGUGUGCUUUGCUGUAAGUUCCCAAACUCCCUUUUAGCGAUGAAAAACAUUCACAGGUUGAGAAUCAGGAACCCCAUACCAGUUUUUUCCAGACUUGCGGUUUGUGGCGGCACAUUCGCGAUGCGCACGUUCUCAUAUAUGCUUAAAUGAGGCUCAGCGGAGCGCGUCGACUGACGCCACGGGUGUUUGUACAGAAACUGUCAUGUGAGACAGAUAUAGUGAUAAACGCGAUGUGCAAACAUCUAUUUGUGGUGGUCAAUUUUAAAUUCUGAGAAAUAAAUACAUUUAUGGGAAUGUACUCUCACAUGUAUGAUGUCACAGCAGUAGGCAGCGCAAAUAUAACAACACGCCUAUAAUCCCUCCCACUCCGAAGUGAUACUUAACUCAAUGGAAAAGCUAACCAAGCCAUUUACGUGUGGUGUCCGCUUGAGUUGACCUCAUUUGCCAACUUUGCAUUCUGACAUGGGAUUAUCCGAUGUAUCCGCUUACUGUACGUACACACCGCCGCAGACUUGAGCUUUUACAGUUACCAGAAGUCAUUCAUUUACAAAAGAAGCUGGCUUCUCUCAGCUGCAAGGAGCGUCAAACCCAUCAGCGUCGCGUUUUUGGCGUCUUGAGCGACCAGAGCGUAAAUCAGAAAGUUGAAAGAAGCUCAACUUUAUGGUAAUGAGCUAUGACGCGUUCAGCGUCAAGCAGCGGCAAAAUGUCAGCAACCAAUCCAAAUAUAGCUUACAGGUUCUCCGCUGGCUGAUUCCGGAGAAACAUAUGAUGUAAACUCACUCCUACCAAAUCAUUAGUUUUGAACACAGACUUCAGAGCGGCCAAAGCGUCAACAAGCUUCCCGUACUUUUUAACAAGCAUCCUUGACCGGGCGGCCUGAGCUGCUUUGGAAGCUCAAGUCUGCGGUGGUGUGAACGUGCAGACGCGAAUUAUCCGAUUUAUAUUCAAUUUAUUUCCACAUGAAUGAGGCCCUUAAACUGAUCUCAGAAUAUCCAUGCGUUUUUUCUGCUUAGAUGUUCGUGGGCCACACAAGAGAUAAAAUUGGAAUCAAGUCACUUGAACUAUGCAGUGUAAAUGCAGCCUUAGCUGUAUAGUCUGUAACUUUUGCCUCUCUAUCGCCAUCUCUGUUUGAAACAUAAAAUUGCAAGUUACAUGCAUAGCUCUUUUUUGUGACGUGGGUUGAAGUCAAAUCAAUAAAACAGUAGCUCAAUCACUGAUUUUCAUAUCAUCUUAGCAAAAGUUACUGUUUGCAGCCUUUAGCUGUCCUGUUUAUAGCUAGCUGUGUGAAUAACAACACACCCAGUUCAACAGCACAAAGAUUUAAAGGUAACUACUGUAUAGUCCUGUUGAGGUUGAAUAUGACCACAGUAAGCCAGAUGCACAUCAGAUACUGCACUACAACAUGGCGCACUUGCAAUGAAUUGUCCAAAGAUUAGCGUUUGUGUUAUGAGGUUUCUCUCGCUAUGCUGAAUAGAUUGCCUCUUCCUUACCUGUGUUUUCGUUUCUUGAUGGCCAAGGAUUCUGGGUGGGUGUGUUCUCAGUAUGUUUAGCACACCCACAUUACCAAAAGUUAAAAAGCUAUUUCCAGUGAUUGUAUUGUGUACUUCUUUUGUAACCUGCAUGUUGCAACGGACUCAAAGCGAAUCGCAUCUGAAACCCAACACUUACGUAUGAACCCUGGAAAUGAUGUAUUAGAUCGUAAGGUUAUGUAGGCUUAAGUGUGCAGAUUUCUCUCAUUCAGUCAUUUUGCAGCGUCUUAAACAAACAGUAGUGUAAUGAAAGUAUUGUACAGAUGUACGGCCAGCAAUUAUGAAAUAAUCCAAGCAAAUUUUGCGAGUUAUUUGAUUGCUGGUCCUAUGCCACUGUGUAGCUCUACGACAUACAGUACACAAGUCCAAAAUAAGGACUUCACACUGUCGGAAAUAAUGUUGCUUCUGUUCAUUCUUGACUUCGAGGUGUUUCUUUUUGCUGUGGAAGUUUGUUUGUUGGGCUAAUAGCAGUAUCCUAGUGUUGUUUUAUAUCUUCAUGUGUCCUGGUUUGCUGUUCUUUACGUUGAAUAAAGAUUUGUUCCUUUCA